UCCGCACGGCGGCGAACUGCUGCUGCUCUGCUCUCUUCUCUUGUGCAGUUCUUGCCUCCUUCGGGACUGGUACCUUACAUCGUGUCCGUGCAAAGCCGACUCACCAGGGACAACUCCGUCCGCGGAUACUCCGACUCGUGAGCACCGAUGAAAGUGUCCGCGACCGGUUCGGGACUCGUGCUAAGAGGUGAAAUCAUUCCGCAGGUUUUAUUUUCCUGGAUUAUCCACCAAACUAUCAGUUCCAAGUGCUAAGACCCUUGACAUCUACGAUCCAUAUUGAAGCUGGAGGCAUACCCACCGCCUCGCAGGGGACCCCCCGUCACUUAUAAGAUCCCUGGUUACAACCGUGACUCGGGAUGGUGUCGAGACGAAAAAUACUAUCCCGUUCGAGGGACAACCUUGCGGAUACACAGUAUGAGGAACAGGAAGAAGAGGACGUCUGGUAUAAUUUAGACAAGUUGUUCAAGGACCAUAUACAAGAGGUUUUAGACAAAUGGAAUCAAAUAGAUGACGAAAUAUGGGCGAAAGUAAUAGUCUUCGAAAGAAACAGAAGGGUAGCGAAAGCAUAUGCAAGAGCACCUGUCCUCACCGUAAAUGGUUCAAACGAUGGCUUUGACGGUUUUAGGAUAGGACUUUGCGGAUUUGAUAAUCCGAUGCGGGAUCCCAAAACGGACGAGGCGAAAAGACACAUAAAUCAGGGAGUUAAAAUAAAAAUGGACGAGCAAGGAAAUAUCCUCAUAAAGAGGUUGUGCAAAAGCAACGUCUACAUAAAAGCCACAAAUCCAGAAGAUAACGCGAUUGGUUCUGAAAUUCUUCGGAACCCCCAAGGUGCUUUGGAACACGAAAAACCGGGAAAGUUGUUUGACAUGAAUAAGUUUCAAACCAAUUUGUCCCGGGAAACGAGAAGAGCAUAUCCAGACAGGCGAAGAUUAGAAACACAGUGUCUCAGCGCUAUAGUUUUUGUUCGUUCAGAAAAUGAUGUUUUACAAUCUCCAGUAUGGGUCCUCAUCGUCAAUGUCGUUGGAUUGGACAUGUUAAAGUCAAAAUUACCACCAGUCAUGCAGAUCCAAAGGCCUGUAGACAUUAAAAAUCGACCUAGAAUUCCAAUUCCGGAUGAAGAUCCCUACAGUGUAGCGGGAGUUUCAUCAUCCUCAGGCCCAAGUGACAGCUUACAAACUAGUAGAGAUUCCCGAGAACAAAUUUACGUACAGUCGAAUUAUCAGCAACGACGAACAGAAAAACCUCCCAAACUCCCUCCAAGAGAAAACCUCUAUGGCCAUGACAUCCCCAAGCCUGACUACGACGACCUUGAGGACGAUUACAGAAAUUCUGUGAGGCCUCCAGUCAUAUCCAAUGGAGAGAAGAAGAGUAAAAAGGACGAUAGUAAAAAAUACGAUGAUCCCUACUAUUGUGGUCUGAGGGCACGUGUGCCAAACUUUGUAAAAAUGGCAAAGAAUGGUCACACUAAACAAAUAGUGCAACCUUCUCCAUAUGGACAUAUCAGAACACAACCAGCACCAACUUAUAUUACCACUGGAUACGUGCAUGCUCAUGCUGCCCAAAUAUAUGGACAUCAUGUCCCACUUCCAGAAAAGUACCAGAAAAAACAAUCCAUCAUGUACCAUGCCAAAAGUUUCGAAAGCGGUCUCGGUACAUGCAGACGAGCGAAUUGAUUCUCCCUACAACCAUAUUUAUGGUAGAUUACCUAUUCCAACACGUGGCGUGAUACCUCCGACUCCUCGCGCUAUGUACAUUGGAGAGUGGGACUAAAUUUAAGUUAAUCUCUGCGUAUCUGUAUCUAAAGCCUGUAUAUUGUUAAUAUACCACAUAAAUACUCAUAUUUUUUAUGCCAGCACCAGAGUCGUUCUCAUUUUUUUUAAACAAUUAAAAGAAUUCAUUUAACUUUCAAUAAUCAGUGUAAGUAUGUAUAGGUAACGUCGAAUAUAUAAUGUAACUCGAGAGAUUAAGUAUAAAUGAAUGUUUCUAACAAUCAUCGACCCUGUACUCUAAGAACUUUAAUUUCUAGACUACGUCGAUACUUAGUAUCAUACGGCGGGACUGAAACAACUUUAAUUGCCAAAAACAAACAAAAAUCCAUCGGGCCCUUUUCGAAAUAAGUCAAUUUUUAUGUUUGAUACAAAAAAAAAUUAUGGAAGAACUUUAAAACCAUAAUUUUC